AUGAAGUUCCUCUCGCUCCUCUCUCUCGCCCUGGUCUCGGCCGCCUUCGUCUCUGCCGACUCUUCCGUCGCCACCGGCGCCCAAGAGGGCAAAGUGCCUCAGAUGCUCAACCUCAUCAACAAGCUCGAGCAUGCCAACCCCACCGACCCCGCCUUUGUCGCCGACCUCCCCCGCCUCGCUUCCCUCCACAAGGACGUCGAGGAGCAGUUCGGUUCCAAACAGGUCAGGAAGCUCUACGGUGAUGACGCGGUUGCUGACAAGCUCGUCGAGCUGGUCAAGGCCGUCAAGGUCCAGAGUAAACGUGAUGUUGAGGCGGAGGACAAGAAGACCGAAGUCAAGCCUAAGAAGACGACUAAGAAGGAGAAGCACAACCACGGUCAAGAGGUCAACAAGGGUAAGCAGGGUGAGAAGCAGUCCGCUGCUCACAAGCACUCCGCCGCCAAGAAGGAGAAGUCCAACCACGGCCAGGAGGUGAACCAUCACAAGCAAGGCGCCAAGAAGUCUGCUGCUCACAAGAAGACCCACGCUCCCAAGGGUACUACUGAGGGGCCCAAGCAGACCACUACUGAGGACAACAUGGUCGAGCGAGCCGAAGUCGCCUCUAAGCCUAAGAAGUCCAACCACGGCCAAGAAGCCAACAAGGGCAAGCAGGGCUCCAAGCAGUCCGCCGCACACAAGCACUCCGCCGCCAAGAAGGAAAAGUCCAACCACGGCUCAGAGGUCAACAAGGGCAAGCAGGGCUCCAAGCAGUCCGCUGCCCACAAGACUCCUCACACAAAGGAGCACAAGAAGCCCGCUCACAAGCACAAGUCCAAGACUGCACCCAAGAGCACUUCUUCGCCCGUGGUCUCUGCUUGA